GGGAAUGCAUCGGCCUAGCACAUGAAUGGACAGGCUAUCGCUGGGUGCGAUAAUUUUCCUGUCGGCACGUCACGAGAACCCCCAUCGUCGCAGGGCACUGGCAUGCGGUCCCCUCCUUUGCGGUAUAGCGCGUGAUAUCGAUACGUACAGGGCCGGUUCCGCACAGGAGUCGAGAACGUUGUUUGCAGUGGCUUUUCGCGUGAGUAGGCUCGUUUCCUCUGGGUGAAAAUCUGUGCGCAGUGCUGCGGUGGUGGGAUGUGUGAUGCAAGGUCCGGAAAACUGUGUCUGCGUGGUGAAGAUUGAGCAACUUGCGGACAUCUAGAGAAGAACCGAGGAGGGGCCCGGGAUAUGCGCCCCGCCCAGACAUGGGUAGACGCCCGGGUGAAGUGACCGUGGGAAGAGCGUCACUGGUAAUAACCCCUUCUUAAAAAGUAUUUGAUGGCAGCUUCGCGGGCCUCCACUCCCCGAGUUUCCCUUCCUCUCGUUGCUCGUCUCUUCCCUGGUCGGCCUUGUUUAUUCGUUCGAACUGAUCAUAUCGGAGACACACAUUUGGGCUGGAAUCCAAAUGGACGCAGCAAUCACCCCAACAAGACUUGGACAGUCUUCCUCGUCACCGUCGCCCGCGGUGCCGCCUACAUCUCUUCCACCGUCGCUCCACAACCAACCACUACCGCCAUACUCCUUCCCGCGGCAAGAUGAGUACCCUCAAGAAAAAGCAGAGCUAGACCUCUACUCUCAGAGUCAUAGAGUACCGCCGACUUCAUCACAUCCCGCUACACCGCACCAUACACGACCACCGUACCCUUAUCCCUACUCGACAGGCUCGACAGCGACAUCGUCUACCUACAGCCGAGCUUCAUCCGCGUGCACUCGUCCGCGAGGCUUGCUAAUAGCUAACCUUCUCAAACCGUGGACACCAAUAAUUCUGUACGCAAUAACCACUCUGGGUUUCCUUGUUGCCAUCAGCUUCUGGAAGGCAGAAGUGUUCGGAGGCCUGGACAAGCUUUCGCGUUGGCUCAAGUCUGACGAGUAUAUCGGCUAUGCUUCUAUCUUUAUAUUAAUUUUCUUGACAACUUUCCCACCUCUUCCUCUGUAUUCUACCCUCAUUAUCUUAUCUGGAUAUACCUUCGGUGCAUGGACAGGCGCAGUGAUCUCAUAUGCUGCGUCGCUUACCGGAGCACUCGUCGUAUUUAUGGUAUCUCGCACGUUCUUCCGUGCAAGCAUAUCUCGCUGGCUCUCUUGCACGAUCACGAUCAAGCGCGUCGUGAAGGCCAUCGAGAAGAACCCCAGGCUUCUCUUCCUUAUCCGCCUUGCGCCGUACCCUUACAACGUCAUGAAUUGCCUCCUCGCCGCCUCACCAUCCCUGACACUCCGGACAUACGCACUCUGCACGGCGCUUUCGCUCCCCAAACUCAUCAUCCACACGAGUAUAGGCUCCUCGAUCCGGUCUUUCGCGCAGUACCACAUCGUGAAACCCGGAGAAUCGGCUCCUGCAGCCGGCGAUGAGGGCAUGCUCGGACACUACUCUACUGUAGCUGGUGUCGUGCUCUGUGUCGCCAUCUUCGUCUACCUUUCUAUCGUCGCACGCCGUGCAGUUGACGGCGAGCUCGGCGACGAUGUACAAGACAGCGAGGAAACCGUCGCGUUCCUCGCACACGAUGACGACGGUGCCGACAUGCAGGAGAUCAUGACGGACCGCCCAGCGUUCCGAGUGGAUGACCGAUUUAUCUUCGCAGGACGGGAGGAGUCGAGCAUCGGACUGUGACUUGCAUUCAUCAACGGACUACUAGCACGCAUACAUCUGGACAUUAUUCGCUCUCUAUCACUCGAAUCCUGUAUAAAGUCGCUACGUACGUUGUAAGAUGAAGUUGAACAGGUUACUUACACUCAUUUAGUUCUGUCGUUUACUCAUAAUACUCUUGCCGGCAGCAGAGACGCAUGGCUCGAUAAUCAAAGAUGUGAAAUAGCGGAUCACUAUCACUCCUUGAC